AUGGGUAAGGAAAAGACGCACGUUUCCGUGGUGGUUAUCGGUCACGUGGACUCGGGCAAGUCGACUACGACGGGUCACUUGAUCUACAAGUGCGGCGGCAUCGACAAGCGAACGAUCGAAAAGUUUGAGAAAGAGGCGAACGAAAUGGGAAAAGGUUCGUUCAAGUACGCGUGGGUGCUGGAUAAACUAAAGGCGGAACGGGAGCGAGGGAUCACGAUCGAUAUCGCGCUGUGGAAGUUCGAGACGGACAAGUACUACUUCACGAUCAUCGACGCUCCUGGGCAUCGUGACUUUAUCAAGAACAUGAUCACGGGUACGUCUCAGGCGGACCUUGCGAUCUUGGUGGUUGCGUCUCCUCCUGGAGAGUUUGAGGCUGGUAUCUCGUCGAACGGACAAACUCGUGAACACGCGCUGCUCGCGUACACGCUCGGUGUGAAGCAGAUGAUUGUGGCGGUGAACAAGAUGGACGAUAAGAACGUGAACUGGUCUCAGUCGCGUUAUGAUGAAAUCACCAAAGAGUUGAACUUGUAUUUGAAGAAGGUUGGCUACAACCCGGACAAGGUUCCCAAGGUACCAAUCUCGGGCUGGACUGGCGACAACCUGUUCGAGCGAGUGCCAUCGGACCAUCCGCUUGCCAAGUGGUACAAGGGACCAGCCCUGCUGGAGGCGCUUGAUGCCAUCGAGCCUCCGAAGCGCCCCACCGAGAAGCCACUGCGUCUGCCCCUGCAGGAUGUGUACAAGAUCGGCGGUAUUGGCACGGUGCCCGUCGGUCGGGUAGAGACGGGUAUCCUGCGGCCAGGCAUGGUGGUUACCUUCGCGCCCACUGGUCUGACGACUGAAGUCAAGUCAGUUGAAAUGCAUCACGAGUCACUCCCCGAGGCUGGGCCAGGUGACAACGUUGGCUUCAACGUCAAGAACGUGAGUGUCAAGGAACUGAAGCGCGGCUUUGUAUGCGGAGACAGCAAGAACGACCCACCCAAGGCCGCGGAGGACUUCAAGGCACAGGUCAUCAUUCUGAAUCAUCCGGGCGAGAUCCGGGCCGGGUACGCGCCCGUUGUUGAUUGCCAUACUGCCCAUAUCGCCUGUCGGUUUGCGGAGCUCUUAGAGAAAAUCGAUCGCCGCACCGGCAAGAAGAUCGAAGAGAACCCUGAAAAGGUGAAAGCCGGCGAUGCCUGCAUGGUUCGAAUGAUUCCGUCCAAACCCAUGUGUGUGGAAACGUUUAGCGAGUAUCCACCACUAGGGCGGUUUGCCGUUCGUGAUAUGCGCCAGACGGUGGCCGUAGGCGUCAUCAAGGAGGUCAACAAGAAAGAGGCGGAAGGCAAAGUAACGAAAGCAGCAGCGAAGAAGGCAUGA